AUGUCGCUCAAAGCUGGGAUAUUGAUUUUAACGCUCUUCAUCGGGAGCUAUGCGCUCCCAGUUGAGGAUGAUUUGUCCAUUUUCUUCGACCACACCGAUGCGUCAGCUCGUAUCGUCGGUGGGUCGAUCGCGGAUAGUGUCCCCCACAUGGUGGCUAUGGUUACUGGCAUAAUAACCAGGAGUCUACUUUGUGGCGGAUCCCUUGUCUCAACCAGACACGUCCUGACAGCUGCUCAUUGCAUCACACCUGUGCAAAGUGGCGGUGGCUUAGUUUCAUCUCUGCGAGGUGUUGUAGGAACCAACAGUUUCCGCUCAGGUGGAACUCAAAUUGUGUUCACCCGAGGCAUUCUCCACCCUAAUUGGAACUCACGUACCAUUAAAAAUGAUAUUAGAAUCUUAAUCUCAACCGCCAAUAUUGGUCCUAGCAAUUCGAUCGGAUUAGUCACUUUAAGCUAUGACUGGGCUGGCGCUGGAGUCGCCACCUCCGCUAGCGGAUGGGGAAGAACUAGUGCCGGAGGUUCUAUCUCUCAUGUCCUAUUGACUCUUAAUGCUCAAGUCGUUGAUGGAGAAAAAUGCAAAGAUGACGUAGCUCGCAGAGCCGCCGAAUUAAACGUAAGAAACAUACCCCCUGUAGACCCGAAUCUCGAAGUCUGUACUUUCCACUCCAAUAACCACGGAAUGUGCAAUGGCGACUCUGGCAGCGCUUUGAUACGUGAAGACAAUGGUCAACAAAUUGGUAUCGUAUCUUGGGGUAUCUCUUGUGCUCGCAACGCUCCCGACAUGUUUGCAAGAGUUAGCGCUUACAAGGCCUGGCUUCAACAGAACCUUCGU